GAUGAGAUAUUGAUAUCUUCUGGUUUGGUAGCAACUUUUGAGAUUAAUGUAGUGGUUAUGUCAAGGUUGUGUAAGGUUUUGUGAUGAAUAUAAGUAUUUGAGUAUUACGCGAUCACAAGCUAGUAACAAUUCAUUAAAAGUCUUCCGAAAAGAAGCGGCGUUUUUCGAACAUGGAUGUAAUGUUCGCUCGCGGAUUGAGAUUUAGCGUUGAACUAGGCAAUGCCUCGAUAUUGUUAACAAAAUAUCUUCCAUUAUCGGCAUGUUACACAUGCCGUGUCAAUACCACACGCUGGAAGUCAGCAUUCCCUGUUGCAGAAAGAUAUCAACAUUAUAGGGCCGCGUCAUAUUAUUCCUUAGGCCUCGUAAAUAAUAUACUCGUGUAUCAAAAGUCAUUGAGACAAGACAUUAGUAGAAAUGGUAUUAGACUGGCAUACUAUUCGGAUCUCAAGCAAAGUUUUGACGGCGAUUGCCAAAAACCUCAGACGGAACAGAAACUAACAGUAUUUCAAAAAAUGAAGCAAAUGACUAAAGAUUACUGGCACGUGUUAAUACCUGUGCACGUGGUCACUUCUGUAGGAUGGGUAGCUAUAUUCUAUAUUGCCGUUAGGAAUGGUGUCGACAUAGUCCAGCUGUUGGAAUACAUGAAUUUUAGUGAAAAAUAUGUAGACAUAGUACGUAACUCGAGUGCUGGCAACUGGGCCAUUACUUAUGCGCUGUAUAAGAUAUUCACCCCACUGAGAUAUACUGUUACUGUCGGAGGAACGACAAUGGCUAUUAGAUAUUUGAGCAAAUUAGGCUACGUGAAGCCGUUGUCAUUCAAGCUUCAAUCAGUAGAGCCUACGGGCAAAGCUAUGACCAGUACAGUCGAACAAAUGUGCAGCGGAACACAAGACAAAAUUCAAGGCAGAGUGUAAAACGGACCGACACACGGAACCGCCGAAACCAUGAAUACUUCUCCCUACGUCGAAUGAUACGUUGUAUCGUGAUGUCCCGUUGUAUAUUUCUCUUUACAAAUAUAUAUACAUGUUAUAUCAUGACAAAUCA